AUGAAUCCGGCCUCUUCUGUCGCGCCCUUAACACGGCGCUCGUUGUCACCGAUGGUAAGACUGCCCGACCUGGUUCGCGAUUCGAAGCUCGAGACGCGCCUUGCCCGUGACGGAGACACGAUACACAUCUUCCGAGACUCUUCAAGACAGAGAGGGGCAACCGAAGAGGAGCGAUGGAGAUACACAUUCCCAAUCGGGAACGGAGGGGAGGGCAUCGUUUGGCAGGAAAGAAAAGUGACGAGACGUGCCACUUCUGCUCCGGUUGCGACGCGUGCCGUCAAAGCGAUCAAGAUUCACGAACCCCGCGAACCCAAAGCGCCAAACCGACUAUCCACAGCGGAGGAAUACAUGCGCGAGUUGGAAGCACUGGCAAAGUUCUCCCAGCGCAAGUACUCUGGUUGUUUCGUUCAGUUCUACGGGUGGUGGGAGCAAACGAAACAACACCGGUAUUUGUUCAUAGCCAUGGAGUACUGUUCGCGCGGUGACCUGGAAAGUUACAUUUCGUCGAAAGGCCCACUGCACGCGGAUGAAGCACAGGAAAUCACAGCUCAGGUGCUGGAUGGACUGUGCUAUAUGCACGAAGAGGGAUUCGCCCAUCGCGACUUGAAGCCGGCGAACAUUCUCAUCAAGUCAUCUCCACCGGAUCGCUGGUGGGUUGUGAUAUGUGAUCACGGCCUCAGCAAGCGUGUCGAAGAUGCGGUAGCAUUGACGACCAUUGUGAAAGGGACGCCGAUGUUUAUAUCUCCCGAGCGACGCGGUUUCCAUCCAGAUAUAGUUCCGAAAAAGGCAGACCCGUACGCCGCUGAUAUGUGGUGCCUCGGCGAGACAACGUUCCGAAUACUCUGUGGCAAGCCCACCUUCGGUUCGGAUGAAAAGCUUCGCCAGUUCGCCCGUGGUUCGCUCAACUUCCCCACGGAUGGCUUGCGAAAUGCCAACGUGGGCGAUCAAGCUAUCGAAUUUGUGACGUCCCUUAUGCAUCCUCAACCGAGUCGCCGGCUCACCUGCUUUCAGGCAAGAGAGCAUGCCUGGAUGAAAGUCACUGAAACUCAAGAGCCACCGAGCCCGGAGCUUGAUGCCCAUUCAUUAGAGAAUUCGGAAUCGAAUCUGGACCCGGAUACUCUGCAACGAGAGCAACCCUCGGACGAUCAGAUUCCCGUCUCCCAGCCUGUCGCAAUGUCCACUACCGCCACCCAGCAUUCCCGGGCUUGGAGUCCGGUUACACAACCUUUGCAGGACAUUGCCUCGAAGGACCCUUCCAAUGUCGCGGGCCCCAUGGGAGCAUUGCCUGAUUUCUCCCUGGAGGACUCUAUCCUUACGAAAGUUAACACCGCAGCCAGAGGCUUGGUAGAUCCAACGGCUACUGUCACUCGGACCGCACAAGAUGUUCGAGACCGGAAUAUAAGAUGGUCCUUCGGCCGUCUCAAGGUCAGGAAGAACGUUGAUACUAUUGGCAGAUUGCUAGGUCGGACUCCACCGGGAAGCGACGGGUCAUCGACCGCACACAGGCCAGAGGAGGUGCCGGCGGAGAGGCCUGAGGAGAAUCCGGGGGAGACUCCAAAGAAAAAAUGGAAUACGAACUUGAAGAAGCUGCUCCGAAGACGUGGUAGCGAUGAGAGUAUAUUCAAGCAGCCGCCGCCCUUUAGGAAAGGGCCUUCGAUGUCCCACUCAAGUCAAGCUUCUCCCCAGGGCUAUGAAGUGCUGCCUGGUGGACGGAUUGCAAGAAUGUCCGCGCUGGAGGGUCAUUCUGAAGAUGCGCCAUCGCAUCAUGGAGGCUCCCAAGCAGCCGCCGCGGGUUCUGCUGCAGCAAGUAGGAAACGAUGGUACAAUGAUGCUUCGUCGGACGAGUUCGGUGGCAGUCAGGAAUCAUACCACCGGACCGGGAUUUUGCGAUCACCUUCACUACGAAAGUGGCCGUUCUGGGCAUAUCAACCGCGUGCUUCGGGUGAAUUUGAAUUGGAACGUGGAGAUAUGCUCCGGGUGGUGGGCGUCUGGGACAACGGCUGGGCCACCGGCGUCAUGAUGAAUGAGCGUGCUGAGGAAUGGGAGGCCCGAUGCCAAGCCCAAAGAGAUGGCGGUGUUUCCAAUAUAGGAGGCGACGAGUCCCGACUUAGCGGAGAGAUUAAGGCCUUCCCCUUGGUCUGCGUGUGCCUUCCAGAACACUGGAGGAAAACGAUCGAAGGCGGCAGUUCGACAGAGACUGGAUCCCGAAGCUCUUUAGGAUCUUGA